GGAAGGCCUGCGCUAGAACGUUGUAACUUUGUAUCAAGGUAAACUCUCUCACAAACUUUCACUCCACCCCUCUGAGCUGUCUGAGUCUGUGAAGAACGUGAGGAGCAGCCAACUUCACCAUUGGAUGUUCAGUGGAGGGGGGCGGCAUGGCGCAGUAUGAGAAUGCUCGUGUAGACGACCUUGGGGGUGGCCUUGCUGCCAUUGUCAUUUCCAGGCCCCGACGGAAGAAUGCAAUGAACGAUCAGGUCUACAUGGAUCUAUGUGCAGCAUUCGACCACGUGCAGAGUGAUCCCCAUAUACAUGCUGUCAUCCUUACAGGGGAAGGUGACUAUUUCAGCUCCGGAGCCGACGUAUCUGCGGCAUCUGAACCAAAAGUGGAUGCAGAAAGUGCUCCAGUUGGACAGUUCAUGCUUACUCUUCUGCGCUUUCCCAAGGUCGUGGUAGCUGCAGUAAACGGGCCUGCAGUAGGCAUCGGCGUCACACUCCUACCACACUGCGAUAUAGCUUAUGCUUCGGAGCGAGCCACUUUCUGGACGCCAUCUCUUCGCGUCGCGUGGGUACCGGAGUUCUGCUCGACCGUCACCUUCCCCCAAAUCAUGGGCCCUUCCUUGGCCAACGAGAUGCUGCUGAUGAGCAGACAGCUGUCCGCUAAGGAAGCACAGCAAGCGCGGCUCAUCUCGGAAGUCUUCCCCGCCGAAACCUUCAUGGCUGAGGUCCAGAGUCGUGUCCGGCACAUGCUGGCGCAGCCGCUGGCGGGCCAGUCGCUACCACUUUUCAAAAAGAUGAUCCGGCGGCCAAGGCUGGCAGAACUAGAGCGGGUUUUCAGGGAGGAAAUGGCGGAGCUAGGUAAAAGGUCCGCUCAAGGUGACAUCACGCAAGCGAUUCAAGCGCUUUGGGAAGCGCGAAAUAGGCGGCCAAACAGCCGUCUCUGACCAAUAUUGUGUAAGUACGGAAGAAGGGCGGACCUGUUAAAAGGAAUACUUUGUCUGCGCGUGUAUGGUAGAAAGUGUCGUCGUAUCAUUUUUAGAAAGGAGCUAAGGAUGUCAAUUCUGUUCAAAAGCGAAAUUGAUUUGCUGAUGCUUGGCUUCUGGUCC